AUGUUUGGGGAUCGUCCGAUCACAGUAUUCAAACAGCCACUCAAGCUGUUCUCCCAGCAGCCUAUGACUGGGUUCUUCCGUGACGGCUACUGUCGCACCGGCGGAGGCAUCGAUCCGGGCAACCAUGCCGUGGCCGGUAUCGUUACUGACGAGUUCCUUGAUUUCUCCGCCUCACACGGGAACGACCUACGCCAGGCAUAUCGUGGCGGUAGGAUUACGAAUCUGGGCGUUCCCCGCGUCGACUUGGACGCCACGGAAGACAGUGCGCUAGUGAUGGUCGACAUGGAUGCUUUCAGGCAGUUUGCCGUCCGGCAUAAUCAGUCGAAUGUGAAUGGGAGCGGAAGUGGUGCUACGUGA